GCUGUCCCCUUGGUAUCACAAAAUGCAGUAUAUUUUGGUAUAGAGCUGUACUAUUACCUAAUCUAAUCCAUACAGACAAAAAAAAGAACCGCAAACUUUGAAACUUCCGGGGUUCUCAAACGAAACAUUUUGGGUAUUGCUUUUAUUUGGACAAAAUGUUUUUAUUUUCUUUACGACGCCCUGUAUAAACGAAUUCAUUAUUGUAACAUAACCUAAAACUGUAAAACACUUGACUCCUUUUUUUCAUUUGUGCUUUGCUACCACAACUUUGAGCUGAGCAUGCCACAUACAGUUUCGGAUAGUACGGAUAAAGAUAUAAACGAUGUAUUUAGCGAUAUACUGUUAAGCGAAGAACUGUUAAAUAAGAAAGGCUAUGAGGAGGGAUACGGAAUUGGUACAUUGAAUGGAAAUAUUGAAGGCUACCAUUUAGGAUAUCAUAGAGGAGCAGAAAUCGGAGCGGAAUUGGGUUACUACCUCGGUGUGGUUGAGAACCAUUUGAAGAGUAUUAAAAACAAGCAGGCGAACGAUAAGAAAUUUAAACAUUUAAUAGCCUUGCAACAUUUAAUUGAGACAUAUCCAAAACAUAAUUCUGAGACUGUAGAUAUUUUAAAAUUAUUAGAUGAUAUUAGGUCACAAUUUAGAAAAGUGUGUUCCUUACUGAAGGUUAAUGCAAGCUAUCCGGAAUCUAGCAAAGUCACAUUUUGAAUGAGACAUGUUACCCUCCCUAAAUUGUAUAA